AACACUUAGCCUGAAAUGAUGAAUUGUUGUUUUUACAGCUCCAUGAUGAGCUUUUGAAUGUCGUCAUAUCUCAUCACUGUGUUAUUAUAUCAGCCCAUAGUUGACCAUCAAAACAAAAUGCAGUUUUUUGUGUGUCCUACUGUUUGAAAGGAAAGUCAACAAGUAAUUUUAACCAAUGCUACACACUAUACCUUUAAAACUGAUACUCUGUUAAACCAAGGCCGUGACAGAGAGUAAAUCAGUUUAGUAAUAAAGAUAACGACCAAGUGAUUUUAAUAAUAUGCAAGUCAGUGGGAACCUAUAUGUGCUGUACUGGUUUGCUGUCAAACGGAGGUUUAUUGUGAAACGCAAGGCGGAAGUGGAGUCUUCAGGCAGCACUUUGACAGCAGAGCGUCAAACAUCAGGUUAGCCGUGUCUGUAGCGAAUAUCUACCAAGGGUGGUCCAGUGUUUGGUAACCUCCAAUUAUUAGUGUAUGUCUGAUGAGAAGAAGGUACCGGGCGGAGAUUGGACACCAUGGCUGCGGCUCCUCCUCUCAGAAGAACAGACUCAGCUCAGGGAGACUUUUCUCCUCUCAAACACUUCGUUCUCGCCAAAAAGAAGAUUAGUGAAGUGUUUCAGCAGCUACUCAAUUACGUAGAAGAGACUGCAGAGUUUGUAGAAGAAACCUGUGAGAGUAAACCUUUGGAGAACAUCGCCAGUCAAGACCAAAAGUUGGAGAUUCAGGCAUAUGCUGACAAACUUGCCAUUAUUCAGGAGGUGCUGGCACGACGACACAUGAAAGUGGCUUUUUUUGGAAGAACGAGUAAUGGUAAAAGCACAGUGAUUAAUGCCAUGCUGAGAGACCGCGUGCUGCCCAGCGGGAUAGGUCACACCACCAACUGCUUCCUGAGUGUGGAGGGCACAGACGAAGACAAGGCUUACCUCAAGACGGAAGGUUCAGAUGAGGAGAAAAGCAUAAAGACUGUAAACCAGCUCGCUCAUGCACUCCACAUGGACGAGACUCUGGACGCCGGCUGUCUGGUUCGUGUCUUUUGGCCAAAAACCAAGUGCGCGUUGUUACGAGACGACCUGGUUCUUGUGGACAGCCCCGGCACUGAUGUCACAUCACAGCUGGACUCUUGGAUUGACAAGUUUUGUCUGGACGCUGACGUCUUUGUGCUGGUCGCCAACUCUGAAUCUACUCUCAUGAACACGGAAAAGCAGUUUUUUCACAAAGUAAACGAACGUCUGUCCAAACCAAAUGUCUUCAUCCUAAACAACCGCUGGGACGCUUCAGCAAACGAACCAGAAUACAUGGAGGACGUGAAAAAACAGCACACAGACCGCUGUGUCAACUUUCUGGUGGAGGAGCUGAAGGUGGUGGACCGUGAACAGGCCCCCAACCGCAUUUUCUUUGUCUCUGCCAAGGAGGUGCUCAACUCUCGAAUGCAGCGUGCACAGGGUAUGCCUGAAACAGGGGGCGCUCUAGCUGAUGGCUUCCAGGAGAGGUUAAUGGAGUUCAAAAGCUUUGAGAGGAGGUUUGAGGAGUGUAUCUCGCAGUCAGCAGUGAAAACAAAGUUUGAGCAGCACACAAUCAGGGCCAAGCAGAUCACAGAAAAAGUCAAGAGCAUCAUGGAUGACAUUAACAUCGAGGCGGCAGAGAAGCGAGUGGCGGCUCUGGAGGACAGAGAAUAUCAGAUUGACCGACUGGAGUUUGUCAGAAAUCAGCUCAACCUGCUGAUGAAUGAAAUCAAACAAAAGAUUAAGGCCCUCAGUGAAGACGUGGAGUCAAAGGUGUCCGGUGCGAUGGGGGAUGAGAUCUGCCGCCUCCAUGUGAUCGUGGAUGAGUUCCGCUCCGACUUCCACCCCUCGCCUCAGGUCCUCAGACUCUACAAAUCUGAGCUGCUCACUCAUGUGGAGAAAGGGAUGGGGAAGAACCUGGCCUACCGCUGCUCAGACGCUGUGAACGCUUCAGUCCAGUCGUCUCAGAACUACAUGAUCGAGAGCAUGCUCCCUCUGCUUCCGUCUUCUGUCCAGAGCAAAGUCAACAUGCUGGUGCCCGGCAGAAAGUUUGACCUGAGUUACGAUCUGAACUUCUCCACGCUCUGCAGCGACUUCCAGGAGAACAUUGAGUUUCAGUUUUCCUUGGGCUGGACGGCGUUGGUCCACCGCUACCUCGGAUCAGUCAAUGCCCAGAGAGCGCUCAGACUGAUGGACAACAAACUUCAGGCGUCUCGACCAGCCCUGCCCCCAGCGUCUACACCUUCUUCUGGACCUCCGUCCAUCUGUCAGUCCAACAACGACACUGCUCUCAUGACCCAGGAGGACCUGAUGGUGAUGAUGGCCAACAACGUGGCUGCUCUGACGUCCCGCACCUCGAUGACCGUCAUCAUCGCUGGAGGAGUCGUGUGGAGAACCAUCGGCUGGAGGCUGAUCGCUCUGUCGGCCUCCAUGUACGGUUUGUUGUACCUGUACGAGAGACUCACCUGGACGACCAAGGCAAAAGAGCGCACGCUGAAACGGCAGUUUGUGGACUACGCCUCAGAGAAGCUGCAGCUCAUCGUCAGCUUCACCGGCAGCAACUGCAGCCACCAGGUCCAACAGGAGAUGGCCGCGACCUUUGCCCGCCUCUGUCAGCAGGUGGACCAGACGCAGAAGGAGCUGGAGGCAGAAAUCCGUCAGCUGACAGUGAAAAUAGAUCGACUGGAGACCGUCCAGAGUCGCUCCAAGAGCCUGAGACAUAAAGCCACAGAGCUGGAGCGGCAGCUGGAGGAGUUCACAAACCAGUACCUACAGCCUGGACACAGAAGACACUGAAGACACUGAAGACACCGAUGUCCUCACCUCGCACUACAUUACCCACAGUGCACUGACAGAAACUGCAGCGUUGGACCGCAGCACUGACCAAGUGCUGUUUUGAUGUUCAUCAGACAGAAGUUCAAAACUACAGUGUUUAAAAUGUGAAAAUCUUUGUCUGAAUCUGUUUCUUUUUUUCAUUUGUUCUUUUUAAUGUGUAUUUCCUUCAAAUCUACUUUCUAAAUUUCCAAGCCGAGUUUUUAAGUCUGCUUUAAACCCAGGCUCAGGAAUACAACAAAACAAACAGUAUUUUCUUGUCGUUCUCCGCUGCUGUGUUACAAAACAACAAAUGAACUGUUAUUAAAAAAAAUUUAAAAAACCAAACACUUCUACCCUCGUUGAACAUGGACUCAAGUUGGAGAUGAUCAAAUCUGGAUCGACGUGAAACUGUUGAUCAGGUGCUUCUAAAUGUUUGUUUUUCUUUCAGUUUUGUGGAGUAAAUGAAGUUUGUGUUUCUGUUCAGAAUCUACUGUGUCGUAACAAACGAUUCAAUCAUUAAAUCCAUAUAUUUAAUAAUGAAAGGAAACUUUUCUGACCUGAUGGACUUCUCACCUGUUCAGGACGCUGUGGACUCGUCCUCCAUUUUCUACUGGACUCACCUGUAAACAUGAAGGGAUUUGGGAAACAUUUCCUCGUGUCGCAUUUUAUUUAUAAAACUUGUUAUAAACUUGUCACGGGGCAGAUAACAAUAGACUUUUUGUAAAAGUUCUUGUUUUUCCUCUUGUGUAUUGCUUGUUUGUAAUAAACAUUCAAAGAAGUCAAAAGUUAAA